AUGCCCUUUCAUUUGCAGGCCAAGGGGGAUGUAGAUAUUGCUGGUUUUGCUUCAAUUUAUUCUCAACAAGAAACUUGGACGCACAGGCAACAACAACAACAACAGCUUCUUGAAGUUAAUAGCUUUGCAAGCAAAGAACCUACCUCAAUUCUUCAUAUGAGAAGAAGUCCAAGCCCACCCACAUCAGUUUCGACUCUCUCCUCCUCCUCAAACGGCGGCGCCGGUGGAAACACCACCGAGAAGACCACCACCAUCACGGCAACAGAUAAAGCAGUGAACCCAGUGAGCAAUGAAAGGAAGGAUGAAUGGGCUACAGAGCUGCAGCCAAUCCCGAGCGGACUAGAGUUUGUUUCAUCAGGAGAAAGAUGUGGACUUGGACUAGAAGAUUGGGAGAAUAUGCUUUCAGAGCCGAGCCAAGAACAGUCCUUGUUGAGGUGGAUAGCUGGGGAUGUGGAUGACUCACAGUUUGGGCUAAAGCAGUUGUUGCAGAGUGGAAACAAUCAGCUGGAAUUUGAUGGCAAUGCUGGUGCUGGUGUCGGUGGUGUUGGAUUGGGGAUUGUUGAUCAAGGACCUGGGUUUGAGUCUUUAAGUGGAAUUCCAGGUGGGUUGUCAAGCAUUGGUACUAAUCUGGCUCCUUUUCCUGGUCCGGGGGUUUCAAAUGUUGGGUCUGGUUUAGUUGCUCCCAGUUCUUCUUCUGGGUUGUUUAAUUACAAAAAUGUUGGAUUUGGAAACAACGACAACUCUAGUGUGCAAAGCCCAGUUUUUAGUUCUCCAACUAACAGUGUUUCACUUCCAGUUUCUUUGCCUCCUGGUAUGGUUUAUCAUCGCAAUCAGCAUCAACAAGUUGAGGCCCCAGAGGAGAAGCCACAGAUACUGAAUCCACAGGUGAUGAUGAACCAGCAUCAGUCUCAUAAUCCACACACUCAAAAUCCCAACUUUUUCUUGCCAUUACCAUUUGCUCAGCAAGAAAAUCGCCCCCUCCAUUCCCAACUCAAGCGCCACAAUUCUGGUGGUGUAGACCCAAUCUCUCAUGUAAUCCCUAAACUACCAUUCUCUGAUCCUGGACAAGAUUUUUUACUAAGAAAACACCAACAACAGCAACUGGGGUUUCCACAGGGAGUUCCGUUUCUUCACCAUCAACUUCAACAGAAGCCGUUAAUGGUGAAGAAGGAAGAUUUACAUCACCAACAACAGCAACAGUACCAGCAUGCUUUGUUGGACCAGCUCUACAAGGCAGCAGAGUUGGUAGGGACUGGGAAUUUCUCACACGCGCAAGGGAUAUUGGCGCGGCUCAAUCAACAGCUCUCCCCAGUUGGAAAGCCUCUCCAUAGGGCAGCUUUCUACUUCAAGGAGGCUCUUCAAUUGCUCCUCCUCAUGAACAAUGACCCAGUCACUGCCCCACAGCCUAGGAGUCCCACCCCAUUUGAUGUCAUCUUCAAAAUGAGUGCUUACAAAGUCUUAUCUGAGGUUUCUCCUCUUAUCCAAUUUGUCAACUUCACUUGCAAUCAGGCCCUCCUCGAAGCAGUUGAUGAUGCAGAUAGGAUUCACAUAGUGGACUUUGAUAUUGGAUUUGGUGCUCAAUGGGCCUCUUUCAUGCAGGAACUUCCACGGAAUAGAGGUGCCCGAUCGCUGAAAACCACUGCCUUUGCCUCUCCUUCGACUCACCAUCCUGUUGAACUUGGUCUUAUGCGCGAUAACUUAACUCAAUUUGCUAAAGAGAUUGGUCUAAGUUUUGAACUUGAUGUGAUUAACUUUGAUUCUUUGGAGCAGAACUGUUAUUCUCUUCCCUUUUUCCGAACAAAUGAAAAUGAGGCUGUUGUGGUGAAUUUCCCUAUUUGGUCCGCUUCAAAUCAACCAUCUGCAUUACCGUCACUGCUGCGCUUUAUAAAGCAACUUUCACCAAAGAUUGUGGUGUCUUUGGACAGAGGGUGUGACAGAAGUGACCUUCCGUUCCCACAACAUAUCCUCCAUGCUCUCCAAUCCUAUAUACACCUAUUGGAAUCAUUGGAUGCUGUUAAUGCAACCACGGAUGCUGUGAACAGGAUUGAGAGGUUUUUGCUCCAGCCUAGGAUUGAAAGUACUGUGUUGGGGCGUCUUCAUGCGCCAGACAAAAUGCCAAAUUGGAAGACAAUCUUUGCAUCUGCUGGGUUUUCUCCUGUGUCUUUCAGUAACUUCACCGAAACUCAGGCAGAAUGCGUGGUGAAGAGGACUCCAGUGAGGGGAUUUCAUGUGGAGAAGCGGCAGGCCUUGCUUGUGCUUUGUUGGCAGCGUAGAGAGCUUAUGUCAGCUUCAGCAUGGAGAUGCUGA